CUCGGUGGUGUUCACGGCUCCAUCAUUACGCAUGUCUUUACCUAUAAUUGUUUCUUUUGUUCACAAAACGCGGACAACGUGUAAUAUUUAGUGGUUGUUUCUUUUGUUCUCUUGUUUUUUUUAUUGUAUUAAAACUGUGCGAAGUACUGAUGUGCCGUUUCUAGGUUAGAGGUUUCUCUGACGACCUCCGUUAGUAUCAGUUUUGUUGUCAGUUGUCAAUUUUCUGUUUAGACAUCUCAAUACUUGAAUAGUGUUGUAGAAAUUCGCGAACAUCAGCUUGCCUCCACAAAGGUCCCCAGGAGAGAGGCAGUCUAAUUGAAGUUCACAGGGUUCUCAAGCUAUGUCCAGCUGACAGGCUUUUAAAGAUGGCACAAUAAGAGUUCCAGUGAUGCCUGACCAUGACAGCACAGCCCUCUUAAGUAGACAAACCAAGAGAAGAAGAGUUGACAUUGGAGUGAAAAGGACUGUAGGGACAGCGUCAGUGGCUUUCGGCCGAUCAAAAGCAAGCAUUUUCAGUGCCAUGAAUCCCCACGGAUCUGAACAAGAUAUUGAGUGUACAGUUGUGCAGCACGCAGACAGUGAGAAGUCCAAUGUGCUUCGCAAGUUGCUGAAGAGGGCAAACUCCUAUGAAGAUGCCAUGAUGCCCUUUCCUGGGGCCACCAUCAUCUCCCAGCUGCUAAAAAACAAUUUAACCAAAAAUGGAGUCAGCGAGCCCAACUUCCAGAGCAGUGGCCUCUCUAGCACUGGCUCAGAGAUCCACCAGGAAGAUGCCUGCAGCACUUCGUCACGGGGCAGCCCUCAGGAGUGCCUGUCCCCCUUCAGCAGGCCCUCCAUGGCCCCAUUUGACAUCGAUCGGCUGACAGACGAGCACCUGAGGGCGAAACGUGCCCGAGUGGAGAACAUCAUUCGUGGCAUGAGCCACUCUCCCAGUGUCACACACCGCACAGGUGAGAAUGAGCGUGAGGGGGUGCCCCAGCCCCCAAGUCCCCGUGAGGGUUACAGAGAAAACAAGCGUAAGCAGAAACUGCCCCAGCAGCAGCAGAGUUUCCAGCAGCUUGUCUCAGCUCGCAAAGAACAGAAGCAUGAAGAGCGCCGGCAACUCAAACUGCAACUGGAGGACAUGCAGAAACAGCUCCGGCAACUGCAGGAGAAGUUCUAUCAGAUUUACGACAGCACUGACUCUGAAAAUGACGAAGAUGGGAACCUCUCAGAAGACAGCAUGCGUUCUGAUGGAAUGGACAAUCGUGCCCGUGAUUCUGCCCCAGACCGUUCAGACAAUGAGAUGUCUGACCUGGAUCCAGGACAUUUCUUGGACCGAGCCCGAGCACUCAUUCGUGAGCAAACCAUGAUGACAGAGGGAGAUAAGCCCAAGCGGGACGGCUCCCGCGGAAAGGGACCAACGUCCAUGCAUUCAGAAGGGAAGCAGCUAGCAGAGACUCUAAAACAAGAGCUGAACACUGCCAUGUCCCAGGUAGUGGACACAGUGGUAAAGGUCUUCGCAAAGCCCCCACGUCCACUUCCUCAGAUCUUUCCCCCUGUGCAGACACCUCCAGAGCGCUUUGCAGUCAAUGGCGAGAACCCAAACUUCCACACCACUAACCAGCGUUUGCAGUGUUUUGGCGAUGUCAUCAUUCCUAAUCCACUUGACUCUUUUGGCAACACGCAAGUGCCCAACACAAAUGACCAAACAGAGGCCCUGCCUUUAGUGGUGAAAAAGAACUCUGCAGACCAGGCUGGGUCUUUGCCCACACCUGCGGGUCACCAUCACCCUGCUCUGCACCCAUCACCAUUAUCCACAACUAUGGGUUUUAGUCCUCCGUCCUUUCGCCAUCCCUUCCCUCUUCCGCUCAUGGGUUACCCUUUCCAGAGCCCUUUAGGUGCACCCACUGGGCCUUAUCCAGGCAAGGACAGAUCUUCUCCUGAGUCCCUGGACCUGUCCAGAGAGACCACCAGCCUACGGACCAAGAUGUCAUCAAACCACCUCAGUCACCAUCGUUCCAUUUCACCAUCACACCCAGGGAACCCCGAAGGCCUUUCCUUAUCACUCAUCAAGUCUGAAUGCGGUGACCUCCAAGAUAUGUCUGACAUCUCUCCAUAUUCAGGAAGUACAAUCCAAGAAGGACUCUCCCCUAACCACCUGAAGAAAGCCAAGCUGAUGUUCUUCUACACGCGCUACCCCAGCUCCAACAUGCUGAAGAUGUUCUUCUCCGAUGUGAAGUUCAAUCGCUGCAUCACCUCUCAGCUGAUCAAGUGGUUUAGCAACUUCCGGGAGUUCUACUACAUCCAGAUGGAGAAGUUUGCCCGGCAGGCCAUCAAUGAUGGUGUGACCGGAGCUGAGGAGCUAACCGUCAGUCGAGACUGUGAGCUGUAUCGCGCCCUCAACAUGCACUACAACAAGGCCAACGACUUUGAGGUUCCGGAGCGAUUCCUGGAAGUGGCGCAGAUCACGUUACGGGAGUUUUUCAAUGCCAUUGUGGCAGGCAAAGAUGUUGAUCCUUCCUGGAAGAAGGCCAUAUACAAGGUCAUCUGCAAGCUGGACAGUGAGGUCCCAGAGAUUUUCAAAUCUCCCAAUUGUCUGCAGGAGCUUCUGCAUGAGUAGUAGUUGGUAUUGCUUGCCACUUUACCAUCCCCUUCCUCCCCAGGAUCUGUAUGAAGAAUAAGGUAGCAUUUCUAUUUUGAAGCCCCAGCUACUGUUAGCUGUUCAUUUUUUUGUGGUUUUUUUUUCUUUUUUGAGAAAAAAAAAGUCUAUAAACUCUGAUUGUUUUAACUGUGUUUAAUCUUUACUCAGCCCUUUCCCUUUGCCUUUAAAUGGGCAUUAUUAUGUUUACCACAAGAUGGUAAGUAAUGAAACCCCAGAAUUCUCUCUUUUAUUUUUUAUUUUUUGGUCAAUUUGUUGAGGGUUUGUUUCAUGCCAGGAUGUUUGCAAUGUGUGAUUACAGUUUCUGAAUAAGACUUAAAUUUUUAGCUUGUAUAGAUGUAAUUAUUAUUUAUGAUUAAUAUAAUUAUUACCAUUAAUGUUAUUAAUGCUUGCAAAAAAAGACCCGUGGUAUUCUUGUUUCUCAUGACAAUGCUACAUAAAAUAAAUUAUUGUUUGAACAAAAAGAUUAAGGGGCUAUACCUUUUCUAGUAACAUAUAUUUUUCAGUCUACCCGUUCUUCAGUGUUGGCUGAGGUCCAAUGUUCUUGUGUUUUGUGUCCACUCUGAUAGCACUGGCUCUAGGGAGGGAGGCCUACUCAUAGGCUUUUUCCUUGACAGAACAGCCUCUCCUGUAACUAAGCAACAUGGCUAUUUCAUACUGGGGCAAGCCAGUUCGGCACAAAAAAGAUGGACGCCUUCCCACUGAGAAACCAUUUUUGCUCAUAAAAAGCAUGUUGUCACAGUUGCUCACAUUAACGCACACACAGAAACACACAAUGCUCAUGCAUAAACUGAUACAGAAGCACAAAUACACACAAAGUCUAACACACUUUAAGGCCCAUUAUUACUGAUGUUAUCAACCUGCUACAGGAAAAAAAACUGAACUUGCUCUUUAUUUUCUAAUCAUUCACUGAACAUAUUUUUUUGGUGAAUUUAACGCACAUGCUACUUUUUAGCAUUUACAAGCAUCAGAUUUUUACGUAUAAAGAUAUGGGAAGGGGUUUGGUCAUUUACAGGCAAUUGCUUACUCUGACUGAAAUAUAGGGGUGCAUUUCAAACAUAUAAAACAGGCCAUGUCCACAGUAGCAUCAAUUAAAAAAGCUACAAGAAGGUGCAAAAGAAUUCCUUGUAUAUUUAUGUAUUCUGUGUAUAAUUGUAUUUAUAUUGUUGACACGGUGAAAGUUUGGGUAUCAAAUAUUUAUAAAACUCUGGAGAGGAGGGUUCUCUUCUUGUUCUUCUUAAAAUGACCAUUCAAGAAAAGAGGGCCUUAAUUCUAGCACAUCAGUUUCUAGAUCAUAAUAAAGGAUGGCUCAAGAGGGCAAACGUCCAGACAUGUGAUCUGCCCUGGAAACCUUUGCAUUGGGCAAAUCCUGCUGAUGAACUGAAACACAGGCAUGCAGUUAUUGUCAUCACAAAGCCUUAAAACCUGCUGACUUCUAGAUGAAUGAGCACAAAAGAGGGCGAAGUGUUGUCAUUCUGCUGCCAGACCUGGCACCAUCCGCAGUCACUGGACACACACACAAUGAGUGUAACAAAGUGCCAAGCUUUUCACUAUGCAUUGUGGAGGUGGAAAAAAAGUUCAAAACUGAUAAAACUGUAUAGCCCUCUAUCAAAGUUUUGGCUGGUCCACAUUGAUUCAUGGUCUCUUUUGCUUGUGCUGGCCUUUUACCUGUCACGGGCAAAGCAAACUUGUAAAUUGUGAUAUUAAAUAAAAAUUUGACACCACCAUACAUGCACAUACAUACACACACUUGUAUACACACAUUUAAAAACAAAGCAAACAAUAAACAUGUAAAUUGUGAUAUCAAAUAAGAAUUUGACACCACCAUACAUGCACACACAUACACACACACAUGUAUACACACUUUUUAAAGCAAUUUAAAAAACAGCAGUGCAUGUUAAGUCCCUUUUUAAUACAUUGUGCCGUUAUAACCCACUGUAGAUACACUGAAUCUUGUUUGAUGACUGCCCUAAAGUGUGUUACUGACCCAACAUGCUAAUCAUAUAGCAAGUAGCAAAAUCAUCAGGAAAUGCUUAAGUGUAAUGUCUCACAUAAGACUAUUAUUCCCACAAAAAAUUAGUCUUGCAUUUACUGAAAAAAAUAACCAUUUGCUGUCAGUGCCUAGAACUGUUAACACCAGCAAAUGUUUUUUUUCGUAAAAGAAAAAAUAUAUCAAAAGAAUUCUGUAUAUGCCUUGUUGUAUGUAUAUUGAAAUGAGGAAAACGGUCAACAGCCUUCUUUUUAAAAGACAUGCUCUUAUUGCUUAGAUAGUAAAUAAGUGAAUCUUUCAUAAAAUUGAUGUAUUUUGUUAAAGUAGGAAGAUGAGAGCUUUUUUACCCUUUCAUUUACUUAACUGUAUGAUUUUUAUUGAAGCACCAUGCAGAAGCUCUCAGUGCAUCAGGAAAGUUUCUGGUUCUAGGUCAUUAAAGUAGCACCAAAGCAAUACUGCAUCAUGUGUGUGUGUGUAGUGUGUGGGUGGGUGUGUGUGUGUGUGUGUGCCCAUGUGCACAUAACUAUAUAGGCCCUAUAUAGUUUUUUUUAAAUGACUAUAUACGUUUUUUAAAUUUUUUUUUUUCACUGUAGACCAACAGUUUUUCACUGUUUAAGUUUUUACACUGGCAUCAUAGCAUCAUCAUAGUUUUUGGAGUAAUUUCUGCUACUGGAAGUGUCUGGGUUUUGAUUGUGGGUUUGACAUUCAUGCAUUCCUGCUAUAUUCCUGCUGUGUUUUAAUGCAUAAACAUGCUCAAUUAAAACAUUUGCUUUUUCACUCUGAUCUUUUUCACUUGGUCCAGCGAAUUAGCUCUGCGGCCACAGCUAAUUGUCAAGUUUAUCUUGGGUUUGUUGCACUUUAACACCCAACUUCAUUUUCAUCAGAAGUCACAGAUAUAUAACUGGAAACUGCUUUUAACAACAAAGAAAAAAUAGAUAGAUAGAGAGAGAGAGAGAGAGAGAGAGAGAGAGAGAGAGAGAGAGAGAGAGAGCUGAAAAUGAAAGAUUUAUGCAUAGAUUUGUUGCUAUAUUUAUGAAAUAUUCCAUUUCCAAAAGGGGUUGUAAACGUGUUUUGACAUUUAUGUAAAUAUAAUACCACUGCCUUUCUAUUAUUUAGCAAUAUAAUGUAAAUAGUAUUGUUACACUUUUUGUAUGACAGACUUCUUCAAUUCUAGUACAAUAUUUAAAGUUCAUGUCCAUUUUCUUUAAUGUAUUUUGAAAGAUGCUCAUGACUCUAUUUGAUAUGUAUACAUAAACAGUCAUGUUUACAUUGUGGAUUUUGCUGUCAGUUUUCCAUUCAGAAUUUUGGUAAUUUAUUGUUUUAAUUUAUCAUAACUUAUUUGGUGUACAAUUCGUGAAGAUGUACUUCAAUAUUAUUUGGUAGAAUUCAAAAACACAACAAUGUCCUCUUCCAAUUCCACAGAGGCAAAAAGUUAUUGAAGUGUAAGUAGCCAUUGUGAUUUAAUAAACAGUAGUUGCUUGAGGAACUUGAUUUACUUUGUUUGGGUUGGAACGUGAAAAACGUUUGUGUUAGAGGUUUUUUCUUCUUCUUCUUUUUUUUUUUUUUAAUUCUAACUGCUCGAUCUCCUUUGCUUUGUACCCCGAACACAACACAGUAGUCAAAUUGCCUUGUGUGCCUUCCAUCUCCUUGGAACUGAAUGUACGUGCAGUAUAUAUGCAAGCUUGUGCAAAAUAAAAACAAAGUUCUAGA